CUCCACAGCCGGCCUCGCUCCCGCCGGUCCGCGCCCCGCCUCCCUUCCCUUCCCCUCGGCCCUCCAGUUCCGUCCCGGCCUCGCCGCCGCCGUCCCUUAUCUCGCGAGACUUGCCCCAGAAUCUUGCGGACCGGGUCGGCGCCAUUUUGGGACGGAGGCUGGUUGUGGGGGAGGGAAAAGCGGCAAAAGGGGAUUAUUCAAAGUACCGAGCGCCUUGUCCCGGACCCAGCGCCCGCACCCCAGGCCGGGCACCUGCGGGGCAGAAGGUGACCGGAGUUACUCAGGUGUGAGGAUCCUCUGCCAGGGCUUGUGUUCCAGGCCCCGGAGAGCGCAAGGGGCCAUUUUGGAAUUACAGUGCUUUCGGAUGCUUUUGCCCCAGAAGUUGUCUGAAAUCGGCGAGAGCCUUCGCUGAGGCGAAUUGAUAGCGAACGGCCCCGCGAGCCGCUUAAACAGAAACCCAGCCUUCGUCAGUCUUUCGGUUCAAACGGAUUAUAUAACCGGUUUCAGCUGCUGCUUUGUUGUUUUUGUGUUUUGUGUUUUUUUUCUUUUUAGGGGGGGGGCCUUCCCCGCCCCUGUGGUGUUUUCAGCCGAAACUGUCAGCGAUGCUUGAUUUUCGCGUUGGGUAGUUUCGGAAGUUUCCAAUUACUGUUCAACUAGCAGCCGAGGUCCCAUGGCCGUUUACUCUAACCCCCGUUAAAACUUUCAGGAAUUUCUGACCUCAGCCCUGUUCAUGUCACAAUGGGCCGGCUUCUCUGAAUGAAGACACUGAGAGAGACCAGUUUUUUUCCUUUUAUCUUUUAUUUACGUGGAAAUUUAAGAUGUUGCGGUUUCCCAGCGGCACGGCAGUGUUGAGAUAGCUGCGUCUCUGUAUGCUGCUCAGGAAUGCUCUUCAGAUGUGAAAUUUUCUUUUUGUUUUUGCUUUUUGGGCCAUAAGUUGGAUAUUUCAUCUCGAGUGGAUAAGUACAACACUGACAAGUACAUGGAAUAAUAAAGAAGACUUGAUAAUCUUACAUCCAAGGAACUUGGCUAAUUUGGAGAUAGCCAUAUGAAAACUUUAAAACUGAAGUAUGGGUAGCUGACUUGAAGUAACUCUAUGUCAAAUAGUCAUAGGUUAAGUAUCUUCAAAGAACUUGGAUUCUAUUUCAGAGGAUACAAAAUAAAAAAACAAACUGGAAAACACAAAGAUAACAGAGAAAAGCCCAGCACCUUCUUGUGCAGUCCUGUUGGAAUUUGUAAGUACUAUCGAUAUAUGGGACUUGCCAUGAGGUGUUGAAGCCUUGUUUCAUUGAGUCGGAGAGACUGGACCUAAAUGGCGCAGCAUGACUUUGCUCCAGCCUGGCUUAAUUUUCCCACUCCACCAUCAUCAACAAAGCCCUCAUUGAAUUUUGAGAAGCAUUCUGACCACUUUUCAUGGACAGAAAAUCGUUACGAUGUGAGUCGUCGACGACACAACUCUUCAGACGGCUUUGAUUCUGGUAUUGGACGUCCCAGUGGAGGUAACUUUGGAAGGAAAGAGAAAAAUGGAUGGCGUGCACACGGGAGAAACGGCACGGAGAACAUAAACCACCGAGGGGGCUACCAUGGCGGGAGCUCCCGGGCUCGGAGCAGUGUUUUCCAUUCUGGAAAGAGCCCAGGACUCCACGAGAACAGCAUCCCUGACAAUGAGCCAGGGAGGAAGGAAGACAGGAGAGAACGCAAGCAGUUCGAGGCUGAGGACUUUCCGUCUUUAAAUCCUGAAUAUGAGAGAGAACCAAAUCAAAAUAAGUCUUUAGCUGCGGGCGUAUGGGGCCUACACGCCCAGACACACACAUACCCAACCAAAAAAAUCUCCCAAGCUCCUCUCUUAGAGUACCCUCCGAACCCCACAUCUAGAGCGCCCAGGAUGCUGGUCAUCAAGAAAGGCAAUGCCAAGGACUUGCAGCUGUCGGGGUUUCCUGCUGGAGGGAAUGCCCCGGCACAGCCCGGGAAGAACGGGCCUGGCCCCAGCGUUUAUAAAGGCUUGGUCCCUAAGCCUGCUGCUCCGCCCACAAAGCCUACUCAGUGGAAAAGCCAAACUAAAGAGAAUAAAGUUGGGACUUCUUUUUCUCAUGAGUCUACAUACGGUGUUGGCAACUUCAAUGCUUUUAAGUCAACAGCCAAGAAUUUUAGUCCAUCAACGACGACAGUGAAAGAGAGUAAUCGCUCCAAUUCCUCUUCACCUGUUGACAAACUCAGUCAGCAGCCUCGUCUCACCAAGCUGACCCGAAUGCGCACGGACAAGAAGAGCGAGUUUCUGAAAGCGCUGAAACGGGACCGAGUGGAGGAGGAGCAUGAGGAGGAGAGCCACGCUGGCUCCGAGAAGGAUGAAGACUCAUUUAAUUUGCAUAACAGCAAUAGUACUCACCAGGACAGAGAUAUAAACCGAAACUUUGAUGAAAAUGAAAUCCCACAGGAGAAUGGCAAUGCCUCUGUCAUUUCCCAGCAGGUCAUCCGGUCCUCAACCUUCCCGCAAACGGAUGUUCUCUCUAGUUCCCUUGAGGCAGAACACAGAUUGUUAAAGGAGAUGGGCUGGCAAGAAGACAGUGAAAACGACGAGACGUGUGCUCCCUUAACUGAGGAUGAAAUGAGAGAAUUCCAAGUUAUUAGUGAACAGUUGCAGAAGAAUGGUCUGAGGAAAAAUGGUAUUUUGAAAAACGGCCUGAUCUGUGACUUCAAGUUCGGACCCUGGAAAAGCAGCACUUUCCACCCCACGAUCGAGAACGACGACACGGAGACGAGCAGCAGCGACACGUCCGACGAUGACGACGUGUGAGGCCCGGCCUCAGCCCGUGUGGCCGCGUCCUCCGCCGGAGUCCGUGAACUAGAACUUACGUAGAAACGCCGUGAGGAGCUUGGGGGACUUCAGUGCGAAGAGAACCAAGACCGUGGUGUUGGGCCGCGAACAUUCUCUUUGUACAUGGAUGUUGUAGAGAUGAGGACUGUGGUGGACAGCGUGGACUCAGCACCACAGUGUUUCUCUGACUAGCAAUGUGACGAUGUAACAGAUGAGAUGUUCUCAUUUAAUAAUAAAAAAUUGUGUAAUGUUUUGCAAA